AGUGUGUCUCAUCUUCCAACACAAACACAUUCGCAAUGUCAGAGAGAGCAUGUGACCUGGGCAUAGACUGGCAGACAAAGGCUGGUGCUGGUAGACUAAAAGAGAGAGGGUGGGUUGAAUAGAAUGUAUUACAUGAGUGCCAGAAAGGGAGAAAGAAACAAACCACGAGGUGAAAAAAGGAAGUAGAAAGGAAAGGGUGUGGCCAAACAACGGUUCAAUUUUCAGCAUCUGGACUGUCGGACGCUGAAACCUGAAACUUUUUCAGUAUGGCAACUAAGAAAGUCUGGGAAGGAAGUGUACUAUUACUGUUCUUCUUCUUCUUCUUCAGAGCGUCUGCUGUUGAAAAUGUUUCACUCUCACUUGAUGUCCCACCUCCAGUUACCACAAACCUUAUAGCUGAGACAGAUGGAGAGGAAACAACCAAACUUGGUUUGACUACAUUACCCUUGGAAGUCAAUUACAAUGAUGGGAUAACAAAUGGUACUGCAGUCACUACUACAGUGCGUUCCAGUGACUUGGACAACGAUAAAAACGAAACCAGUGUCAGAAUGAAAACAACACUAGCUUCACCGAUCACCAAUUUAACAACAACGAGCCCAAGACCCAAUGAUCCUAACAGAACUAGGGCUAAGGAUAUCAAAUUGGUUGAUGAAUGGGACAAGCCAUUCAUAUAUGAUUAUAGCUCUCUGAGAAAGGCAGGGCUGACCAUAGCUGCUGUGCUCUUCGUGUUGGGCAUCAUGGUGAUUACAUGUGGGAAAAUCAGAUGUAGUCGCUGCUGUCACGUGGGCAAAGGAAGAUCAUAUGAUGUGACCAGAAUGUAACUCUGGUCUCAAACUCAAAAAGGGCCAGCAGGCGAGCAGCAACAUAGGACAGCCAUCCAGUCAGACCUGUUCUCACCGCAUGCUCUGUGUGUGUUUGUAUGUGUAUGUGUAAUUUAUUCAUAAUAAUUAUGAAUAAUAGAUGAUGGGGAGAUUUUUGGCCUAUCCCCAGUACUUAAGCUUUACUGUGUGUACCUGUGCAUGUACCUGUAUAUUUGUCACAAUGUAAACCUGACUUCCUUGUUUGUAACAAAAGAAGUGCAGGAGAAUAGGGACAUGUGCCAUCAUGCUACACCAAAGGGCAUCCACUCCCUUCCAGACAAACCACAUACACCUCUGACUAACACAUCUCUGACACACACAUCUCUGAGUGUCUGACUUUGUCUGCUCUCUGUGCUGUCACACCUUUUACACUGCUCUAUGUCUGUGUUUCCUUCCAUAACACCCUGCAUUUAUCACCCUUAUUUAAUGGGAAAAAGGGGCUUUUGUGGCUCAAAAGUGCCCUCAAGAGGCCUAAAAUUAAUUUUGGCACAAAACCAACAAUUCUGAGGUGUCAGAGAAGAAAAUAAAGCUAUUUUAUUUGGAUGAGGUCAUUAUUUGUUCUCAAUGUGUCUUGAAUCACAUGACUGGCCUCCCAACCUAUUAAGGACUUGUCAAUACUUGCUCACUGCUUCAGAGCACACAGGAAAAAAAGAGUCUUUUUACAGGUUACGAAACUUCACCAGGGCACAAAGGAUGACUGUAAACAAUGGAAAACAGGAACAUGCUGACGGCAGACAACAGCUAUCAACGUUGUAAUCUUUGUACUGGAAUAUUUCCAUGACUAAAUGAGAAAACAUGUUGAAAUGGUACAAACAUGUCCAAAACACUCAACUGGCUUGUUCGGUGGUUUAAACUCACACCUGCAUGUAAGCUUUUCUUUAAGAUUAGGAGCUUUUCUUUGCUUUCAACACUGUAGAAAAACAAUGUAAAAAAUAACGGCUAAAUGAUGAUGAUUGAAGAGAAAGAAAAAAAAACAUAUAUUUUAUUUUGAUAUCUUGGUAGAUAAACAUAAACAAAGUGAAGAGUCUUUAUCUUCAGUAGAAAUUAUAAAACUAUUGCAUCAUUUCAACAUCAAUGAGUGAAAAUUGCCAUGUGUAUACAUACAUACACACACACAUAUAUAUAUAUAUAUAUAUAUAUAUAUAUAUAUAUAUAUAUAUAUAUAUAUAUA